AACUGCCAAUAAAGCCACGAAGCAGAAGACACCGGCGACAGAAGACCUCUUGCUUUUGAAGCACAACAAAAUACACUUUAACCCCUUACUUUGCAGAAUAGUCAUGACAGCAGUGUCAGAUUCGGAUGACAGCUGUUUGUUUGCUAGGGAAUUCGAGGUUGAAUCCCUGGACACUACUUUAAAGUUUUAUCAGAAAGAAAUCGGCGAUGUUAGUUGUGUUAUCUGGGAUGCGUCUUUGGUCUUGGCCCGAUAUUUGGAAAAAAGAGCUGAAGCCAAUCCCACAUUCCUUAAAAACCUUAAAAUUGUUGAGCUUGGAGCUGGCGUAGGCUGCGUGGGAAUUUUAGCCGCAUGCUUUGGAGCUGAUGUAACUAUGACUGAUUUGCCGUCUGUUUUACCGUUACUCGAACGUAACAUAUGUAUAAAUAAAGAUGUUUGGUGCAAAUCCGGGGGUAGAGUGGAAGCCUGUGAACUGUCGUGGGGCGAUGCAAAGACUGAAAUUAAACCCCCAUCUCUUUUGCUUUUGGCUGAUUGUGUCUACUACUCUGAGUCCAUUCUACCUUUGGUUCAAACAAUGAAAGAAGUGUCGAAUACAGACACUGAAAUCAUCAUUUGCCAAGAAGAGAGGGAUAGUGAUAAACAAAGAAAGAUAUGGAAAGAAUUUACAGCUGAACUGAGCAAGUACUUUAGGUUUAUUGCAGUGCCUUUGGAAGAGCAGCAUCCCCUUUUUAGAAGUCCAGAUAUUUUGCUUCUUAGAGGAUCACGUUUAAUAAAUUAAUGUACUAUUUUUCCCUCAUUCA